CUAUACUUUAGGAAUGUUGGAAAAUUUGGAAUUAAAAAAAUAAGUUUUUAAACACUGUUUUCUACUUUACCAAAAUUAAUAGGAACACAAUGAUUUUCUGUCUGACUUUUGUUGAAUAAGAAAACUGAAUUUGAAAAAAAAGAAACACGUAUAAUUCGUUAAAUAUUUCACACAGUUUCGUAAUACGUCGGCUUUUUAAUCAUGGAAGACGAAAAAGAGAAUUCUUGUCCACGAAUGUAUGGACACCUAUGCAAAUUCCAUUGGCGAGGCAUUGUCUUAAUUGUAACACCAAUUCUAUUACUGCCAAUCAUAGUACCAGGUUAUGAGAGGCCCUUACGCUGCCUAUAUGUAUUUUCUCUCAUGUCCAUUUAUUGGUUAACAACUGCCGUACCGUUACAAGUGACCGGUUUGUUGCCAUUUGUAUUGCUGCCAUUUCUGGGCCUCAUGGAUUCAACUCCGACGUGUAAACAAUACUUCACGGUACCGUUAGCAAUUUUCAUAGGCGGCGCUAUUGUGGGCCUAAGCAUCGAAUCCAGUAAUUUGGGUAAACGGGUGGCGCUCGGUUUAUUGACAAUGCUGGGUGUUAGUCCCAAACGCAUUAUCCUUACUCUCAUAUUGACUACCGGAUUUUUCUCGAUGUGGAUGCAGAACACAAUCACUACGGCAAUGAUGUUGCCCCUAGUGAAGGCAGUGCUCGAAGAAUUCGAGGCGGGCGGUCUAAGGAUCAAGGAAGACAAAAAGCCUGAGCAAGACGAAGAGAAUAGAGAGUCUUCACACAUCGCCACUGGCUAUUACUUGGCUGUAUGUUAUUCGGCAACGAUUGGUGGCUGUGCAUCAUUAAUUGGUACUUCCACAAAUAUAGCAACAAAGGGUAUAUAUGAAAAUUUAUUUGUGAAUACCACAGACGUCAUUGAUUUUCCCAAAGCGUUGGCAUACAAUGUACCUUGGGUGCUAGUAGCCUUAGUGCUCUUGUACUUCACACUUUUAAUGACACAUUUUGGUCUUUGUCGUCCAAAAAGUGCGACCGGUGCAGCACUUUCUAGCUUCACAAAAAGUUCUAACGAAGUUACGACUGCAGUUAAACAGAAAUUCGAGGAUAUGGGCCCGAUGAGCAUUCAUGAAAUUCAAGUUGCUAUAAUAUCUAUACUCAUGAUAUUUUUGCUUACAUUUCAAUCACCUGGAAUUAUAACGGGAUGGGCUGAUCCUAUGAAUAAGAAAGGUUUUAUCAAAGGAGCUACGCCAAUGAUUGCCGUGGUCGUAAUGCUCUUUUAUUUUCCAGCAAGAUAUACAUUUUUCAAAUUAUGCUGCGGCAAGGGUCCUUUUCCUCCCAGCGCUGAGAAACCUUUGCUGUCAUGGAAAUACGUUAAUAACAAUUUCCCUUGGGGGAUCGUUUUUGUACUAGGUAGCGGGUUCGCACUCUCAAAAACAUUUAUAGAGUCUGGUUUAUCUCUAUGGCUUGCUGAUAAAGUGUCCGCAUUCAAUGGAUUGCCAUUACCGGUUUUACAGUUAUUUUCUCUUUUGGUUUCGGCAUUUUUAACGACAUUUACUUUGAAUACGGGCGUGUGCAAUAUCGUUGUACCAAUUAUAAGUGAAAUUGCACGUAAUGCUAAAACGCAUCCACUAAAUUUGGUAUAUCCAGCUGGCCUAGGUUGCUGUGUCGCUUUCCUUUUACCAAUCAGUACGCCAGCUAAUGCCCUUGUAGCAGAACAAGCCAACAUAAGCUGGAAGAAAAUGUUCGUUGCCGGUCUAAUCCCUACGUUUACAACCGUAACUCUCAUCUAUCUGAAUUCUAUAUCUUGGCACUUCAUUGUAUUUCCAGCAACUAAAGAUUAUCCUGCCUGGGCUGAUCUCCAGAAGAAGUAAAGACAAACUUUCAACGGUUCUCAUACAUUCGAAUAUUUUUUUUGUAAAACUUCAACAUUUAUUUCCUUGUUGUUAUAUUAAAUCAUUUAACUUUUAUUAAAUAAAAACUUUUCCCGUUACUUACAAUCGUCUAAAUUCUUUUCACCAGCGAUGAAAUACAUAAACCUAUUUACGUAGCGGAUACAUGUUGUGGCCUAUACGCUGACAAUGUGUCACUUUCGGUUAGAGGUAAAUUUCCGAAUACUUUCCGUUGGCCCGUAUCGUGCAGACUAAACUUAGCAAAAGAAAGAUCUGGUAUUGUUUACUAGGAAACGCAGCAUUCCAGAAAUCAUACCACUAUUAUUCCAUUAUUAAAUGGUAUCAGAUAAUCGAGUGGAAGGUGGUGACUUUUAAGCAAAAUUAUGCGGAACGCCAAGCGAUGUUG